GACAGUCACCUCAGUCGAUGCAGAAAAAGCAUUUGACAAACUCCAGUACUUGUUCAUGAUAAAAACACUCAAUGAACUGAGAACAGAAGAGAGCUUCCUCAGCCUGAUACAGGGCAUCUACAAAAAGUCCACAGCCAACAUCAAACUUAUAGUGAAAGGACAGGUGCUUUCCUACUAAGAUCAGGAACAAGACUCUGACCACUUCUAUCCAACAUUGCACUGGAUGUUGUAGCCAAGGUGACUUCUAGAUAAAUCUCAACUCCUCUGGCACAGGAAGGAGAGCAAUGACAGAGCACCUCGUCACAGACAGGCCCUGAGAAUCCUGCUUUGAACUGGCUGCAGGGGUGCAUCCGGAUCCUGCCCCAGGCCCUGCUAUGGAUGUUGUGUAAUGUAAGAAGUGUGAACUGUGUAUUCUCUUUCUAAACAGGAGAGUCUUCAGAAAUGUCAGCAUAUUGCCUGCUGUGGUUUGGUUGCAUGGCUGUUCACAGGAAAAAGACUGUUGGGAUAAAAGUUGACAAAGGCAGAGUGACUAAAACAGUAUGGAACCCAGCAGCCCCAGGAACCACCCUGCCCAGAGCCUGACAGGUCCCUUGCCAGGCUAGGAAAUGAUCUUCAAUAUUUCAAGAAGGAAUGGGCAGACACGAACAAUCAGUCACCUGCGAAAGAGAAAUUUCAGAGUGAAGAUUCCAGAUGUGAAAACUAAAAUUAGUUUGGAAAGAUCUUAGAAGAGCAUUUACUCACAUUGGUGCUGCAGUUGCAUUUUGAAGAUGGAUGUUUCUAAAAAAGAAGUGAAGUCAAAUGGAUGUUGGUGAGCACCCCAUAGCAGCAGUUACUUCAUUUCGCUUGUUCAGAGGGGACUCUAACUUGGAAGCCUUCUUUAGAAUGAAGAGGAACAAUUUAUCUGUUGGGAAUAAAGUCCAGUCUUCACCAGCAGUGAAACAGCCUAAACUUGGGUUCUACUCUUCUCUCAACCAGACUCAUACAUACACUGUCCUUCUAGACUGGGGGAGUUUGCCUCACUAUGUAGUGUUACGCAUUUUUCAGUAUCUUCCUUUAAUGGAUCGGGCCCGGGCAUCUUCUGUAUGUAGGAGAUGGAAUGAAGUUUUUCAUAUUCCUGACCUUUGGAGAAAGUUUGAGUUUGAACUGAACAAGUCAGCUACUUCAUAUUUUAACUCCACUCAUCCUGCUCUCAUUCAGCAGAUCAUUAAAAAGCAUGCUGCCCAUCUCCAGUAUGUCAGCUUUAAGGUUGAUAGUAGUACUGAAUCAGCAGAAGCUGCCUGUGACAUACUUUCUCAGCUGGUAAAUUGUUCUAUACAGACUUUGGGCUUGAUUUCAACGGCCAAGCCAAGCUUUAUGAAUGUGUCAAAGUCUCAUUUUGUGUCAGCACUUACAGUUGUUUUUGUCAACUCAAAAUCAUUAUCAUCAAUCAAAAUUGAAGACACACCAGUGGAUGAUCCUUCUUUGAAGAUUCUUGUGGCCAAUAAUAGUGAUACUCUAAGACGCCUCAAAAUGAGUAGCUGUCCUCAUGUUUCAUCUGAUGGAAUCCUUUGUGUAGCUGACCAUUGUCAAGGUCUUAGAGAACUGGCAUUAAAUUAUUACAUGCUAAGUGAUGAACUUCUCCUGGCACUUUCAAGUGAGACCCAUGUUAACCUUGAGCAUCUUCGAAUAGAUGUUGUGAGUGAAAAUCCUGGACAAAUCAAAUUUCUUUCUGUUAAAAAACAAAGUUGGGAUGUACUCAUUAAACACUCCCCUGGAGUUAAUGUUGUUAUGUACUUCUUUUUAUAUGAAGAGGAAUUGGAGACGUUCUUCAAAGAAGAAACCCCUGUUACUCACCUUUAUUUUGGUCGUUCCAUAAGCAAAGCAGUUCUAGGACGGAUAGGUCUUAACUGUCCACGACUAAUAGAGUUAGUAGUAUGUGCUAAUGGUCUUCAGGCUCUUGAUAAUGAACUUAUUUGUAUUGCUGAACACUGUAAAAACUUAACAGCCUUGGGCCUCAGUGAAUGUGAAGUUAGCUGCAGUGCAUUCAUUGAGUUUGUAAGACUAUGUGGGAGAAGGCUAACCCAGCUCUCUAUCAUGGAGGAAGUUUUGAUCCCUAAUGAUGAUUAUAGCCUAGAUGAAAUUCAUGCUGAAGUCUCCAAAUACCUGGGAAGAGUAUGGUUCCCUGAUGUCAUGCCUCUCUGGUAAUUGAUUACCAAAGGUUCUUAACCUUUUUUUGGUAAUCUAUAAGAUUAGCUUCUUUCUGUCUCUGCAAAUGUAAAUUUUAAGAUGCAUUGCUGAAAUGUCUUAGGCAAAAUAUUUUAUUGUUUGCAAACUGUCUUAAUGGAUUACAGCAGAAACAUUUGAGAAAAUAAGAGAAAUUUGAAAAGACAGAAACUGUAUAUAGGGCACAGACACUGUAUUGUGUAUUAGAUAGUUGAUAGAAACAGUUGGUUUCUAGAUAAGUUCCUCAGCCUUCCUUGAAGGUGUAUUUUGGCUUGCUAAAUAAAUUUAUAAUAUUGAGCUUUGGAUCCCUUAAAUUAUGUCAUUUACAACUUUAUAUUGU